AUGUUCAACUUUGCUGUAACAGCCAAAAAAAUAUUCCGUAAAUGGACAACGAGGAAUGGAUUACUAGGUGAUUAUGACUAUGCAUAUCUAUUCACACCAGAUAUACCUUUCUUAUCAAAAGAAGCUAAAGUGCAGCCAUUUUUUGGCCUAGACUCAGAAAUGCCCAUUUUUUUGGGUGCAAUUUUGGGAUUACAGCAUUCCUUAGCUAUGAUUGGUGGUCUAGUUGUACCGCCUAUUCUAAUUAGCGUGGCUGCAAAUUUGUCUUCAGAAAUUCAACAAUAUAUGGUUAGUACUUGUUUGAUAGUAUCUGGCAUACUAUCGCUUUUACAAAUCACUAGGUUUCAUAUUUAUAAAACUCCUUAUUAUUUGGGUACCGGCCUCUUAUCGGUGGUUGGACCAAGUUUUGCUACUUUAGCAGUUACGAGUAAUGCUUUUCCUAUGAUGUAUGCAAAUGGAACGUGUCCCAUAGCUGAAGACGGGACUAAAUUGCCAUGUCCUGAUGGAUAUGGUAAAAUCUUGGCCAGCGGUAUUGUAUGUGGAUUGUUGGAAAUGUUAUUAUCAUUUAUGCCAGCAAGAAUCUUGCAGAAAGUAUUCCCGCCUUUAGUUACGGGCCCAGUUGUUACUUUAAUUGGUGUUCAUUUAGUUGAAACUGGAUUUGAAGACUGGGUCGGCGGCUCAGGGUGUGUUGGGAAAACAUGUACAAUGGGAAAGUUCUCAAUGCCCUGGGGUUCAGCGAAUUUUAUUGGUUUGGGUUUCUUAGUUUAUGUAUCGAUUAUAUUAGCUGAAAAAUUUGGAGCUCCAAUUAUGAAAAGUUGUGCCGUGAUUGUUGGGUUAUUGGUUGGUUGUAUUGUUGCUGCUGCUUGUGGUUAUUUUGAUUCUCAUACUAUUGACGAGGCAAAAACCGUUAGUUUCAUUUGGGUCCAUACGUUCAAGUUGCAGGUUUAUGGUCCUGUUAUACUACCGUUCUUGGCUGUCUACAUAGUCUUGAUGAUGGAGGCAAUUGGUGACAUCACGGCUACUUCUGAUGUGUCACGAUUACCUGUUGAAGGAGAAGAAUAUGAAUCACGUAUUCAAGGAGGUGUUUUAGCAGACGGUUUGAAUGGUAUAAUUGCCGGUUUGAUGACUGUUACCCCAAUGUCUGUUUUUGCUCAGAAUAACGGAGUUAUUGCCAUUACCAAAUGUGCUAAUCGCACAGUCGGGUACUGGUGUUCUUUCUUUUUGAUUGUUAUGGGCGUUUUCGCUAAAUUCGCUGCUGCAUUUAUUUCCAUCCCCAAACCUGUCUUUGGCGGUAUGACCUCGUUCUUGUUCUGUUCAGUUGUCAUUUCAGGUAUAAAAAUCAUCUCGUCUACCGAAUUCACAAGAAGAGACCGGUUUGUAUUGACAGCUGCAGUCUUGCCUGGUUUAGGCUCAACUUUGGUGCCAGAUUGGUUCAGCUACGUGUUUACAUAUAGUGGAGAUAAUCAAGCAUUGAAGGGCUUUUUCAAUGCAAUUAUUCUCGUUAUGGAAACAGGGUUUGCAAUUACAGGAUUAAUUGGAGUUAUUUUGAACUUGGUAUUACCGCAAUUACCUGAUGAUGUAGAAGAGAUUAACGAAUUAGUCUUGGAAACAAUAGGAUCAGCUGACCAACACGCAAGAGAAGAAUUUGCAAGAAAAGAAGGUAUUACUGUGGAACAAUUAAAGAGCAACUUGUCUCAUAAACAAAUGGUCACUAGCCUCGGUUCUUCAGAUGGAAUACCUGAUCUUGCAUAA